AUGCUGCCCCCCAUACUUCACUUUCACAUAUCACCAUACAACAUCCGGGUCUUUGCAGGAGCAAUCUUGAAAGGCCAAAUCUUAGCCCCAAUCACCCAAACUCAAAGACUACGCGAUGAAGCAUUCGGUCGUUUCUGGAUCGAGUUUAGCUGUAAGUCAACACCAAACGCACAAAUUCAACCCUAUAUCUCCCCACCCUGCGAGAAUAAUAGCAAUCUAACAUCCAAAGCUCCUCGUGAGGUGCCCUCCGACUCAGAUUCCAAUGAACCUCCCGCCCCAGUCGGCUCUUCAGCUCUAAUCCCGCCCCUCCUCCACACAGCCAGUGGAGUAGUUCUAGACAUUGGCCCAGGAACAGGAACCCAGAUGCACCUUCUAACAUCCCCAUCUAUAACCGCCCUCUACGGUGCAGAGCCUUGCACAAGUCUGCACAGCGCCAUCCGCGAAAAAGCAGAGCAACGAGGUAUUUCAUCCAAGUAUCACAUUCUAUCCACCGGCGUCACAGCAACAGAGCUGAUGCCCGCGCUGCGAGACUCGGGACUGGAUGUUGACUCUGAUGGAAUAUUUGAUACAAUUCUCUGUGUGCGCGUUCUAUGCUCUGUGCCGAAUAUGGAGAAGACUGUCCGUGAGCUGUAUGGCAUGUUGAAGCCCGGGGGUCGGAUUUUGGUUACGGAACAUGUUGUUAAUCCUUGGCGGAGGGCGAAGGGCUCUGUGCUUGCUCGUUUUGCGCAAUUCUUUUAUCAAAUGCUGGGCUGGAGCUGGCUCAUUGGUGAUUGUGCUUUGGAUCGUGAUACUGAAACGGCUUUGAGAGGGGCUGCUGGGGAGGAGGGAUGGGAGAGUGUGGAGUUGGAGAGGAACUUCGAGUGGUCUGCUAUGCCAUACAUAUCGGGGGUGUUGGUUAAGAGGGGAUAG